AUAUGUGCGGAGCGGACAGUGUGUUUGGUAUGUCGACCGUUAGGUGGUAGCAUCAUCACGCAGCAGCAGCAGCAGCAAACAGCGCGAGAGUCUCUUGCGCGACCCGGUACUAAUGCUCUGAGUGACGUCUAUACUUCCUCUUUGCUCCUGCGCCGCGAGGGCAACCAUGGUAAACGUACCGAAGACCCGCAGGACGUACUGCAAAAAAUGCAAGAAACACCAGCCGCAUAAAGUGACCCAGUACAAGAAGGGUAAAGACUCUCUGUACGCCCAGGGAAAGAGGCGUUACGACAGAAAGCAGAGUGGUUAUGGAGGACAGACCAAGCCUAUUUUCCGAAAAAAGGCUAAAACCACAAAGAAGAUCGUGCUGAGGCUGGAGUGCGUGGAGCCUAACUGCCGCUCAAAGAGGAUGCUGGCCAUUAAGAGAUGCAAACACUUUGAGCUGGGAGGAGACAAGAAGAGAAAGGGCCAGGUCAUCCAGUUUUAAGCUGGGCCAAGUGCUUCUUUUGUGGAUUACCAUCGCUGUCAAUAAAAGUUGUAUACAGUAAUGAUGACUUCUGUUUUAUUUUUAACAUCAGCACCAAACUGUGCUUCCAAAAUUAAAUGCACUGUUGGGGGCCAAAUCGCAGCUCUGUCGCCAUAAAUACUUUAAAAAGUGUUACUUCAACAACAGACCUGUUAUGCAUUUUGUGCUGCUUUUGGUGAACAGCGAAUUAUGCAUCCCUCAGUAGAAGAUGGAUUCAUACUUGAACUCACACUGUGUUGUGUGUAGUCAGAGAUGAAAUGUGGAAACAUGCUACACUUUCAUUUUUAAGGUGAGGAAUUGUACACUUAAUGGACACUUAUGGAUGUUAUGUCUUAAGGCUUAACCUGUUUCCCCCUCUCUCUAGUAUGUACAGACACAUUGUCAGGUCAACCCAGUUAAAAUUGUGGAAUUUGAGUAAAAACAACAAACUUUUA